AUGUCUGCACCAUUACCGCCAGGGUGGGAAGAACGAAAUGAUCCAAGAGCACAUGAAUCAACACCACCAGACUCAACAACUUCGAGUAAUGAAUUAUCAGUAAAUAGCAAUUUCAGAUCAAAUUCGGCUCAACGGCAACCUUCAACAGCGGGGGCUCUUCAAUCCCCAUCUCAAUAUGAAUAUACGACUCCAAAUCCUUAUUCAUCACCGCAUCAGCCCGAAUAUCUACAACAGCCACCACAACAACAGCAAUUUCAGAUUACUACAAAUAAUCAAUCUUUGCCUUCUGGGUAUCAACAGAAUCAACAAUCGAUAAAUUCAAAUCAACAACCAUUCGCAGCAAAUAAUAGCCAGCAUCAGCAUCAGCAUCAACAACAACCACCACCACCUCAUAUAACAAAUAAUUUUUCGCAGCAGCAAUAUUAUCAAAAUCACCAACAACGGCCUCCACCACAUUAUGGGCAUCAACCACUUGGAUCGAUUGGUGGUAAUGGUAUUAAUAAUAACGGUAACAGUACAUUGACAUCGUCUUCAUCAAAGCAUAAGUCAUUGACAGGUGAUCUAAAGAAAGCUGGAAAAGGAAUUUUAAAACAAUUAAAAGUGCUUUCGACUUCUAGGUUUAGAACCUCUGUUGACCAAUACCAACCAGGGUUUAGACCCCCUGUUGACAAAUUCGUUCAUAAUGGAUUAUAUGGACCAGGUGGACAAGAUCCAAGUGGCCCGCAACGAACUCUGACUCAAAACGCUCUUCAUGUGCCCAAUAAUAAUCAAAUACCAUCAAUUGGACAAAAACCACCUGGCGUUCCUUAUUAUGUCCAAUUAUCUGAUCCUCCAGUGCUGCAAUCACAACCUCAAAUACCACUCCAGCAACGAAAUGAACCAUCCCCUGACAUAAAAAUCGGAGUGCUACCGAAAAAGAAAGAUAUUACCAAUCAAUCUACGUCUGUUUAUUCAUAUCAACAAUCUCAAAAGCCAGAAAUUUUUUAUCCGCCACCUCCUCCAAUCGAAUAUCCUCCUCCGCCUACUGAAUAUCCAGCAUAUCCUCCAGAUGUUUCUCCAAAGAUCUCUAAAUAUACGCAAUCCCCGUCACAUUCCUCAACUUUAAGUGUGCACGAAUCUCCAAAUCAAUCAUCAUAUUCGUCACCUGAUACUAAUUACCCUCAACAAUCAAAAGAAAAUGAUUAUGAUCCACAUAAUAAUCUAGCACCCAUUAACCAAUCAAAUCGACAAUUAAUACCACCACCAUCUGAUUCGAAACCUAUUGAACAAUACCAUUCUCCGCAGUCUCCUUCACAACGAUCUAAAACACAACCUAAAUAUCCGCCUCCGAAUUAUCCUCCACCCAAUUAUCCUCUACCCGAUCAAAAUCAAUCUUCAGCUUCUGUAUCACAAUCUGCUUUUCCACCCCAAAAUCCGGUUUCAACAACUACACACGACUUGCAAAUCAAACAUUCACCUUCAAAUUAUCCUCCAUCUGAUCAAAAUCAAUCUUCAGCUUCUGUAUCACAAUCUGCUUUUCCACCUCAAAAUCCGGUUUCAACAACUUCACACGACUUGCAAAUUAAACAUUCACCUUCAAAUUAUCCUCCAUCCGAGCAAGAUCAAUCAUCAAAUUCUGUAUCACAAUCUGUUUUUCCACCCCAAAAUCCGGUAUCAACAACUUCAUACGACUUACAACUUAAAUAUCCACCUCCCAAUUAUCUUCCACCCGAGCAAAAUCAAUCUUCAGCUUCUGUAUCACAAGCUACUGUUCCACCCCAACAUCUGGAUUUGUCAACUUCUUACCAUCAAUCACAAUCACAGCAAGCUCAAUCACAACAACCACCACAACAGCAUCAAUAUAAUUCACAAGAUUUUACUCAGUCCUUUUCACAAACAAGAUAUGAAGUAUCCUCCACGGGACCGAUUAAUGUUUCAGUUGGUUCUCCGAAUGUACAAUCGAAUCAUUUGCAUUUGAAUACCAAACCGGAGAAGAUAUCAGAUACCGAGAUUUCUCAGAACAAAUCAAACGAUGCUUCUUCGGUUGGCUUUCCGAAUACACAAUCGAAUCCUUUGUAUUUGAGUAAUAAAGCCGGAGAAACGCCAGAUACCGAGAUGUUACAGAAUAAAUAUCCACCUCCAAAUUAUCCACCUCCUACACAGUAUUAUUCGCAAUCCGCGGAACUUUCACAAUCUGGAAAUGGUGCUAUCCAAAUGAAUAUAGAAAAUCAAAAAAGUAACGAGGCGUCCGAUCCAAAUUUUGACAGUAGAAAUAAUACUCAAAAGCUACAGGACUUUGACUCACCUUCUCAGCAACUAAAUUAUCCACAACCACUUGAUCAAAAGUCAAAGCCACUUACCGAGAUUUCUCAGAAUAAAUAUUCGCCUCCAAAUUAUCCACCUCCUUCUACACAGUAUUAUUCGCAAUCCGCGGAACUUUCACAAUCUGGAAAUGGUGCUAUCCAAAUGAAUGUAGAAAAUCAAAAAAGUAACGAGGCGUCCGAUCUAAAUUCUGACAGUAGAAAGAAUAAUCAAAAGCUACAGGACUUUGACUCACCUUCUCAACAACUAAAUUAUCCACAACCACUUGAUCAGCCAAAGUCAAAACCACUACAUCCGAUUCAAUUCUAUCCUCCACAAACGAUUUCAUCGAUCCCCUCGCAAAAUUCUGAUAAAUCAUAUCCAACUCCUCCCUCCGAUGUUAAUCCGAACGUUUCGUCGUCUUCUGAAAAUGAACAAUCUACUACUCAUUCUCAGAAUCAAGCCCAAAAAUAUCCUUCGACUCCUUCCUCUUCUGAACGUAAAUCGAGUUAUCCACAAUCUGGUUUUUCUUCUUCUCCAGACCAAACACAGAUUUCGGCAAUUUCAAAUCAACCAUCGCAAUACAUAAUUCCAAUUUUAUCGGAACAGACUCGGAUUCAAAAGACUCCACCCGCGCAUCAUUCGCCAAAUUACCCUGCUCCGCCUUCUUACCAGGGACAAUAUACAAACUAUUUGUCAACAGAGCAAAAAGGUCAAUUUAGUAAUUCACUUCAAUGGAAGCCUUCAUUUGAUCCAUUGGUCAAUACUGAUCCCCUUAGGUUUAAUCCAGAAAAUUCGCCAGAAAAAAUUGCAAUUGAAGUUGUCUCACCACCUACAUUUCAGCAAGAAAUCGAAGACAGUAUUACCGAAUUAAUGAAAACUAUCGAGCUUGGGUCACCUAAACUACCAAACUCUGAAGAACCACAAAAUUUAUUGCUACAACAACCAUUUUCACAAAAACCGAUGGAACAGCCGCAGCAAUCUCAAUAUCCACAUCAAGCACCACAAGUAUAUCACUAUCAGCCCCCACAGCAACAAUCUCAGUUUAAUCAACAGCAGCAAUAUUUGGUCGUUGGAAGACCUGGCAUUACGUUACAUGAUCCUGGAUUUCUGGGUCGACCAGGUGAUGGUGCUUCGGGUCCUACUACUACAUCUCAGCAACAACAUCAACAGCCAUAUCUGCAGCAACAACAUUCACAACACAUGCAGCAAAACCAAAAGCAAUACUAUUAA